GUCGUCGCCUUCUGUCCCGGUCCUCCAAUAAUUCCAGCUCAAUCGUCACGCGUCCUCCUGAGUCUUCUUCUUCUUCCUCUUCUUCUGCCGGAGGGAAGGGGAGAUGAUCACUCAGAGGUGAGGUGCGAGGAAGAAAGGGGGACGAGUUCCCGAGUGUUCUUCCCAGUGGCAUGGGUGCUGGGUGAGAAGAAGGUGGUUUGUGAGGGAGAACAGGGCUCGAGGAGGUUGGAGCCGUGGGGGCAGUGGUGGAGUUAGGGAAGCAUGGAGGCCAAUGCGGGGUUGGUGGCGGGCUCGCACAACCGCAAUGAGCUGGUUGUCAUCCGACAGGAGAGCGAUGGGCCGAGGCCGUUGAGUAAUGUGAACAGCCACAUCUGUCAAAUUUGUGGCGAUGAUGUGGGAGUGACACUGGAAGGGGAGAUGUUCGUGGCGUGCACCGAAUGCGGGUUCCCGGUGUGCCGCCCCUGCUACGAGUAUGAACGGAAGGAUGGGACUCAGGCAUGUCCCCAGUGUCGGACUCGCUACAGGCGACACAAAGGGAGUCCUCGAGUGAAGGGAGACGACGAAGAAGAGGACACCGACGACCUGGACAACGAAUUCAACCACAAUGUUGAUAUCGACAAGCACGACAAGCAGCAAGUCGUGGAUGAGAUGCUGCACAGCCAGAUGGCGUAUGGUCGUGACACGGACGUGAUGAUGUCUGCAAUGCAGCCUCAGUAUCCCCUUUUGACGGACGGACACACGGUUUCUGGAGCAGGCGAAUCGAAUGCUACGUCACCCGAUCAUCAGGCGAUAUUUCCUGUUGCAGGAGGGAAACGGAUCCACCCUGUUGCUUACAGCGACAUUGGAAGCCCAGCUAGGCCACUGGAUCCGGCGAAGGAUCUGGGAUCGUAUGGGUACGGGAGCAUCGCCUGGAAGGAGAGGGUGGAGAGCUGGAAGCUGAGGCAGGGAAUGCAAAUGACGUGUUUUUGGGACACAGCGGGGGUCACGACACGGACGGGAACGAGCUGCCACGGCUGGUGUACGUGUCUCGAGAGAAACGACCCGGGUUCAACCAUCACAAGAAGGCCGGUGCCAUGAAUGCGUUGGUGCGGGUGUCUGCGGUGCUAACAAACGCGCCUUUCUUCCUGAAUCUGGAUUGUGAUCAUUACAUCAACAACAGCAAGGCGCUCCGGGAAGCGAUGUGCUUUCUGAUGGAUCCCAUCGUGGGGAAGAGGGUGUGCUACGUCCAGUUUCCUCAGCGGUUCGAUGGCAUCGACAGGAACGAUCGAUAUGCCAAUCACAACACCGUUUUCUUCGACAUCAACUUGAAGGGAUUGGACGGCGUGCAGGGCCCGGUGUACGUGGGUACUGGAUGUUGUUUCAAGAGGCAAGCGAUUUAUGGUUACGACCCUCCUCCGAAGGAUGCGAAGGCGUCGGGUGGGCGGAGCCAAGGCGUGUGUCCAUCAUGGCUGUGCGGGCCCCGGAAGAAGGGAGUUGGGAAGGCGAAGGUUGCGAAAGGCGGGAAGAAGAAGCCUCCGUCGAGGAGCGACUCCAGCAUUCCCAUUUUCAGCCUGGAGGACAUCGAAGAAGGCAUCGAAGGCAUUGACGAGGAGAAGUCGUCGCUGAUGUCUUUGAAGAACUUCGAGAAGAGGUUCGGUCAGUCUCCGGUGUUCGUGGCGUCGACGCUGCUGGAGAACGGAGGCGUGCCGCACUCUGCGAAUCCGGGGUCGCUGUUGAAGGAAGCCAUCCACGUGAUCAGUUGUGGGUACGAAGACAAGACGGACUGGGGGAAGGAGAUCGGAUGGAUCUACGGGUCCGUGACGGAGGACAUUCUGACGGGGUUCAAAAUGCACUGCAGAGGAUGGAGGUCCAUCUAUUGCAUGCCGACGCGACCUGCGUUCAAGGGGUCGGCGCCCAUCAACUUGUCGGAUCGGCUGAACCAAGUGCUGCGAUGGGCGCUGGGGUCGGUGGAGAUUUCGCUGAGUCGGCACUGCCCUCUGUGGUACGGGUACGGUGGAGGGAAGAACGGCGGGCUGAAGUGUCUGGAGAGGCUGGCUUACAUCAACACGACGAUCUACCCGCUGACAUCGUUGCCGCUGCUGGCGUACUGCGUGCUGCCCGCGGUGUGUUUGCUGACGGGGAAGUUCAUCAUACCCACGAUCAGUAACCUGGCGAGUCUGUGGUUUAUUUCAUUGUUUAUCUCCAUUUUUGCGACGGGCAUACUGGAAAUGCGGUGGUCGGGAGUGGGCAUCGACGAGUGGUGGAGGAACGAGCAGUUUUGGGUGAUCGGAGGCGUGUCGGCGCACUUGUUCGCGCUGUUCCAGGGUCUGCUGAAGGUGUUCGCGGGUAUCGACACCAACUUCACGGUGACGUCGAAACAGGCAGAGGACGAGGAUUUCGCGGAGCUGUACAUGAUAAAGUGGACGGCGCUGCUGAUUCCGCCGACGACGCUGAUCGUGAUCAACAUGAUCGGCGUGGUGGCGGGGAUUUCGGAUGCGAUCAACAACGGAUACCAGUCGUGGGGCCCGCUGUUCGGGAAGCUGUUUUUCGCGUUCUGGGUGAUCGUUCACUUGUAUCCGUUCCUGAAGGGUCUGAUGGGACGACAGAACCGGACACCGACGAUCGUGAUCGUGUGGUCGAUCCUGCUGGCGUCCAUCUUCUCGCUUCUGUGGGUGCGCAUCGACCCGUUUCUGGCGAAGGUGAAGGGUCCCGACCUGUCGCAGUGCGGGAUAAACUGUUGAGUGGGGGUGUGUGAUGGAGGAAUCGAGGAAAUGGAUGUUAGGAGUGCGACGCUUUGGAACGCAACGUCAAGGUUCUUUGGAUUGCGACGCUUGGGCGGGGCGAUGAUUGUUUUCCGUGGUGCACGGAGGAAGUUGGUUAAAUUAUAAGGUUGGCGGAUCACGGCCGAAGAAGCCUAGAUGCGCGCUCUGGCGCGGAGUCGUGAAUAUGAAGCAAGGUUCCGCAUUGGCGGUAUCGAGGUGGGCGACGAAGAGGUUUGUAGAUAAUAAGCUCGAGUCGAGGUUGGGUAGAUACAGGUUGGGGAGGGUUUGACGAGAGAUGGACUAACAAGUAGGUGGGUGAGUCUAGAGUAGGUAGUAGCACGGUGGAUUGUGUUGGUCGAUUGGCAAGCGUUUCUGUUAUCCAUAUUGCCGUUGGAGACUUUGGUAGACGUGUGUCGGGGUUUGUGUCUCGGUGCAGCUCCAAAUGAAACUGGUGCCCUGGUUGGGUGGGAAGGGUAGCAGAGGGGUUUGCUCAUACAAAUUAGGCCGUUGCGUGAAGCAGGUGCCAUAUUGUGCAGUAUGCCGGUUGUGAAUGGAAAGAUAUCGUGAAUCGGAUGUUGAAUGGA